AACACAAGCAAAUAGCAAAGAGAAUCUGCACAAACGAUGCUAACACAAAACCCCACACAUACAUUAAGCAAAAUAGAAACAUCGCCUCCUGACCCCACCCCCACUCGCCUUUCCCCCUCCACAUCUUAAACACUAAUGCCUCAACAAAUGAAACUGACCUAUGGAAAAUGUAACUUGAAAAAAGAGACACUGCUUAUACCUUUGUAAACCAAGAAAACUUUAAUAAAAAUAUAAUUUAAAAAAGAAAAGGAGAACAAUAAAAACAUCCACUCUAUACACAAACACCUUAGACUGAACCGUGGAACAUUUAUGGAAGAAGCCUGAAACACUAAUUUAAAAAGAGAAGUUCUUAAAGAAGAGGAGGUAAACUUGUCAACUGAAGUUGUUCAAGCUGAAAACUCAGAAUGGUUAACUCAGGGGGAUUGGAGUAGAUUUGAUUUGUCCCCUGAAGAGGAUUGGAUUCAGGUAUCUCUCAUGCUGAAAUUCUAGAAGAAAACAGCCACUGAGAAGAACCAGAAUACAUGGACUGACUAAAGGAUCAAGAGGAAGAUGAAAUUCAUAGCAUCAUAGAAAGGAUGUGUGCAAAUGAUUCAUCAGAAGAACAGCACCUGGGCAUUCACAUACCAUGCAAAUGUUUCCGAAGGUGUCCACGGAGUCAUAGUGUGGUGCUUUGUCCUCCCUUUGACAAGUAUUUGCAACAGAUAAUAUUUUGCUUUGGAAGAGUGGAGCAGGACACUUCUCAGGCACCACUCAGAAGCAACUGGCACUCCUCAGUGGCAGAGCCUUCUAAGCAAAGCAUGCUGUUCCUCCGUUUCCAGCUGUUGAUUUUCCUCCUUAACCUGAAUUUAUCCAGAUGUGAGGAUAAGAGGAAUUUGAUCAUCUCCGCACUGGAGAAAGCAACUUUGUUCCUGGAAGAGCAAUAUAAUGAACUCAACAUAGAUGGAGUGCUUGGAUAUCGUCUGUUGCAAGCGUAUCUGAAUGGAACAAUGGAGAAAUGGGCCCCGGUGUCUGGAUUAGAGUCUGAGCAAGUGCGAGUGCGACGCUUGAAUGCGAAGGUGUCAGCUUUGAUCGAAAAAGCAAAGCGUGCUCUAGAGAAAAACGAGCCGGAUUCUUACAGAGCAUUUCAUCAAGCUUUAAGCCCAGGGUUUUGGAAGAUUCCCCAUCAGUGGGCUCAGAAUGACCCUCCUGUUUCUUUCUCCCCAACCAAUGGCUCAUGUCUGGACUUGGAAACAAGCGAUUACUGCCUAUCCAUCCUGCUAGGAUCAGGGGCUGGUGGCACACCUUGCCUUGUUCCAGAUAACUGCAGAAGCAUCAUGAUAAAAACACACUGCUCGGGAUAUGGCCUAUCCCAUCAGCUUUUCUACUUCCUGUUUGCAGAGAUGAAAGGAUGCUCGGAUCCCCUCUUCCACAAUGCACAAUAUUACAAGAGUGUGUUCUGUCACUUAAUGAUGCAAAUCAAUGUCGACGCUGAAAAGCAAGCGCUCCUAGGGACCGUGGGAGACCUUUUUACGGAAAACAUUAUGUUUUGUGGCCUGGCUGGAUUCUCUGAUUUCUAUAAACCACGGUGGCUGGACAUCAUUCUCAACUGGCAAAAAAGGGAAAGAGGAUGUUUCUGGAUGUUCGACUCCUCCAGCCCAGUUUCUGAAGACCAUCAUAAGGAAGCACGAAGAGUUAAGAGAACGGAGAAGAUUCUUGAAGGUGAAUGUUCUUCUCACAACACCGCCGUGGCCGUAGGAGCGAUUGGAGGAUUUCUCCACUAUGCGUUCUCAUGCUUUCAUGCUUCUUUCUUCUUAUGCAACUGAGCUAAACUUUCUGGCUUUAUUAUGCAAUGCAGGACUUGUCGCUCUUCUCUCUAGGUACAUUUUGGGUGCUAAUCAACAUGACUGUGCUCUCAACCAGGGCACUGGAAAAAUCAUAUUCAUAUUGUGGGGUGCUGUACUGCUCCCUCAUUAGGACAGGGAGGAGACUCACCGUCUUCUUGAACUGUCUCCCCAGCAUGGGGCAGGGGCAGUGAUGUGCUGGCCCAGGAUCUUUGGGAUUGAAGACCUCUUGCAAUUUCUGUAAGAAACUUCUGUAAGAACACUCACGCUCAGGAAGCAAGGGAGAAACGUGCUAAGAGGGUGGCAUGCUUGGCAAAUCCACACCGUGAUCAGCUCCCGCCUGGAAACCAAUGUCCCCACUGU